AUGGGUCCAAAUCUGGACGAAAUUCUCGAGAGGAAAUUCACUUCAGUUUUCCGCAAAGGUUACCGGAAGUACGGGAAAUUCACGCUUCCGGCGAGAUUCGAGGAUUUGCGCACAGAAAUCGACGAUUUCGAGGUGUUCGAUGACGACGUUUGGGUUUGCAGCUUUCCCAAAACCGGCACCACGUGGACGCAGGAGAUGGUUUGGUUGAUCUGCAACGAUUUCGAUUACGUCAAAGCCGAAGAAAAUCUGGGCGCAAGAUUUCCAUUUUUAGAGGUUUCAGCAGUUUUCGAUUUCAGAGAUUUGAUUUCAGAAAACGACGAAUUUAAACCUCCAGUUUUCAUUGAGAAUUCGCUUGAAUUCACUAAGAACUGUCCAAGGCCAAGGAUGAUCAAAACGCAUCUUCCAUGGGAUUUACUUCCAAGAGCGAUUCGAGAGUUUCAAGUUAAACCUAAGAUAAUUUAUGUGAGUCGAAAUCCAAAAGAUACGUGCGUCUCCUACUUCCAUCACGCUCGACUUUUCGAAGGCUUUUCCGGGGAUUUUCGCGAUUUCGCUCAGCUUUUCAUCGCUGGAAAAGUAAGUUUUGGUCCGUUUUUCGAUAAUUUCUUAAGCUUUUGGAACGUGAAGGAUCAAAAAAAUCUGCUUUUCAUCAAGUACGAAGACAUGAAGAUGGAUUUGGGAGAAGUGAUGGAAACUGUGGCGAAAUUCGUUGGGAAAACUUUGAGCGAAAUCGAAAAAUCUAAGCUGUUGAAGCAUCUCAGUUUCGAGGAGAUGAAACGAAAUCCGGCUGUAAACUUCGAGCCGGUCCUGGAAUUUCAUCGACGCUUCAAUUUGGUGAAAGUAGAUGGCGUUUUCAUGAGAUCUGGAGUUCGACGAUUGGAUUAA